CCACGACCCCCGGCGUCUGCUGUGGCCGGCUCCGGCGUGUGGAAAUGCCUUAAAUCUCUGCUAAGGAAGGACGAUGCGCCGCUGUUUCUAAAUGACACCAGCACCUUUGACUUCUCCGAUGAGCUGGGGUACAAGGUACUUUCUCGGUUUAAUAAACUUCGAGUCGUGGUGGCCGAUGAUGACUCGGAAACCCCAGAACGGCCUAUUAACGGGCCGCUCCAGGCCAAUGAUGACUCCUUACUGGACCAGGACUUACCUUUGACCAACAGUCAGCUGAGUUUGAAGAUGGACCCCUGUGACAACUGCAGCAAACGGAGAGAGCUGCUGAAGCAGAGAAAGGUGAAAACCAGGUUGACCAUUGCUGCCGUUCUUUACUUGCUUUUCAUGAUUGGAGAACUUGUAGGUGGCUACAUUGCAAAUAGUCUAGCAAUUAUGACAGAUGCGCUUCAUAUGUUAACUGACCUAAGUGCUAUCAUACUCACCCUGCUUGCUUUAUGGCUAUCUUCAAAGUCACCAACCAGAAGAUUCACCUUUGGAUUUCAUCGCUUAGAGGUUUUGUCAGCUAUGAUUAGUGUGCUGUUGGUAUAUGUACUUAUGGGAUUCCUCUUAUAUGAAGCUGUGCAAAGAACCAUCCACAUGAAUUAUGAAAUAAACGGCAAUAUCAUGCUCAUCACUGCAGCUGUUGGAGUUGCAGUUAAUAUAAUAAUGGGGUUUCUUUUGAACCAGUCUGGUCACCAUCACUCCCAUUCCCAUUCCCUGCCUUCAAAUUCUCCUACCACAGGUUCUGGUGGACACAGCCAUGGACAGGAUAGUUUGGCAGUGAGAGCUGCAUUUGUACAUGCCUUAGGGGAUUUGGUACAGAGUAUUGGUGUACUAAUAUCUGCAUACAUCAUACGAUUCAAGCCAGAAUACAAGAUCGCUGAUCCCAUCUGUACAUACAUAUUUUCAUUACUCGUGGCUUUCACAACAUUUCACAUCAUCUGGGACACAGUAGUUAUAAUAUUGGAAGGUGUACCAAGCCACUUAAAUGUAGAUUAUAUCAAAGAAGCCUUGAUGAAAAUAGAAGAUGUAUAUUCCGUGGAAGAUUUGAAUAUCUGGUCUCUCACUUCAGGAAAAUCCACUGCCAUUGUUCACAUGCAGCUAAUUCCUGGAAGUUCAUCUAAGUGGGAGGAAGUACAGUCCAAAGCAAAGAGUUUAUUAUUGAACACAUUUGGCAUGUAUAAAUGUACUAUUCAGCUUCAGAGUUACAGGCAAGAAGUGAACAGAACUUGUGCAAACUGUCAGAAUUCCAGUCCCUGAUUUUAUGUGUCUUGGGGUCUACUGCCUUAUUUAUAUGCAGUUGCAGACUCGAGAGCAAUAAAUGCAAACUUAAGUGAGAAAAUGGAACCCUGACAGCUGUGUCCCUAUCAAUCACCAGUAUCUCAAAACAAUCACUCCAGCCUGAUGAUGCGUGUGUCUGUUAAUGGUAAAAUGAGACUUCAUGAUUUCCAGAUGAAGAUGUUUCUAAAGAACUGUUUACAGAAUGAGAUGUAACUCUACAGAUACCUCAUAGAAGACAAUCCAAGACCAUACUUCAUUGAUUUGUACAUGUCA